AUGUUGAGUUCUCUGAAAAGGGCUAUGGAGUCAAGGAAAGAAAGUGAAAAGGAAGGGGUGGUGAAGCCCUCCAAGCGCUUCAGACGCUUGGUAAAGGGCCAAAAGAAGCCCGAGGUUGGAACUUCAACUCUUGGUACUGGGGUGUCUGAUCCCCCUCCUGCUAAAUUGGUCGAUCCUCACGCUGAGCCGAUCCAUCUUGACUGCUCCAUCACUACCGAGGGAGAUCCUUUUUAA